AAAACAAACCAAACACCGUCACCAUAGAGAAGAACAAGGGUGGCGACGACGAAGGAGAGGGGGAAGCGGGAUCUCGCGAGACCCGGCGAGAGUCUCGAAUCGGAGGUUUUGGCCCCGCCCACUGGUCCCUGUCGGCAGCGGCGGUGGCAAGAGUUCUCAAAUACCUUGUUUUAAUUAUGGACUGAACCAGCUCCAGCCUGAUUUUAUUUAACGGAAGGAAAAAAAUAUUGUCUUUGUUUAUUACAUUUCACCAAUAGCUUGAGCCUUGAAGUGAUACUCUACAACAACAGUGUAAAUGAGUCAGAAUGGAUCAGGAAGGUGGGGGUGACUUCCAGAAAACCCCUAACUUCCAGUGGAGAAACUACAAGCUCAUUGUUGACCCCGUGCUCAAGCGGGCCCCACAUAAGAUCUACCGCUAUGAUGGAGUGCAUUUCAGUGCCAGUGAUUCGGGCUAUGAGCCUGUUAAUGAAGUGCGGGAUCCCAGACGCAGGAUAUGGUCCAAAACAAGAGACCUUUCCCUUCCUGUCCCAAAGUUUAAGCUGGAUGAGUUCUACGUGGGCCAGAUCCCUUUGAAGGAGGUCACCUUUGCUCGUCUCAAUGACAACAUCAGGGAACCCUUUCUGGCAGAGAUGUGCAAAAAGUAUGGAGACAUUGAAGAGAUUGAGAUCCUCUACAAUCCGAAGAACCGCAAGCACCUGGGUCUUGCCAAGGUGCUUUUCACAAGCACGAGGGGGGCUAAGGAAACAGUUAAGAACUUGCACAACACAACAGUCAUGGGCAACAUCAUCCAUGCACAACUGGAUAUCAAAGGUCAGCAGCGAAUGAAGUAUUAUGAACUGAUUGUGAAUGGUUCCUACACACCACAGACGGUUCCCACUGGGGGCAAAAUUUUGAAUGAGAAAUUUCCAGUAGACUCAUCUGAGUCACGAAGACGCCACUCAACUGAUUCCUCCUAUCCUAGCAGCGUAAUGCCUUCAACGCCUGGUAAUGGUACCCCUUGCUCUCAGGACACUCCCUAUUCCAGCGGCCGGCAAGACACACCUUCUUCGUAUGGUCAGUACACACCACAAUCUUCCCAAGGGACUCCAUAUACUCCCCGCGGAGGAACACCGUAUUCCCAAGAUUCUGCUUACUCUAGCAGGCAAGGGACGCCAGGCUAUUCUACCUACCAGACAGAGUCAACCUCCUACAAAUCCCGCCGACAUGAGAACAGCUUUUCAGACUCAUAUUCUCGCCGGCACUAUUCUUCAUCCUCCUCCUCUUCGUCGUCCUCCUCUACCACCACUUCCUCCUCCUCUCAUUACCGCAGCAAUGACCAUCAUUACCCACCCUUUAGUCAACAGUUUGAUGGCAGCAGUGGCAGCGGCAGUGGCAGCAGCACUACUGUCUCGACCAGCAGUAGCCGGUACCAGCGCCUCUCAUCCAACUUGGAAGGCCGGUCAUCCUCCUCUUCCUCCUCCUCUUCCUCCUCCUCCUCUUCCCAUCGCUCCCACCAAAGAGAGGACUCUAGUUUCCAUUCGCGAAGAGAACGCUCCCAGAGGGAUGAUGCUACUCCUUCCUCCACCACAGUUGUUGCUGCUGCUACCCCAGCCUCCUCUACUACUCCCUGCUCAUCUUCAUCUGCAGCCACGGCCUCAGAUGCUGCUCAGUUCCAGAACUCUCAUAGUUUUGCCCAGCAGAGCACAGAGCUUUUCCCAGCACCCAGCGUGCUGUAUCCGUCUUACGUGGCUACUCCAGAGCCCUUUCCUGCACCUGCAGAACCUCUUCCUGUGGAUCAGGACUACCGGCUACUCCCCACAGCUGAAACGUUUGCUGCCAACUCUCUGCCCCCUACAGAAUUUCUUGCUCAGGAAACUAAAGAGAACAUCAAUCCAGUAGCGACAUCAAAUCUGGGAGUCAAUGACCAAUCCCAUUCCCCUGCUGUGCAGUCCUCUCCGGCCCGAUCUGGCUCUCCAGCACCUGAGAGCACGAAUGAGAGUGUUCCUUUUGCUCAUCACAGCAGCUUGGACUCCCGCAUUGAGAUGCUCCUGAAAGAGCAACGAUCAAAGUUCUCUUUCCUCAAUUCUGACACAGAGGAGGAAGAGGAAGAAAAGGGAGGUCCCAAGGGGGCGGAGCCGCAUGGACCCUGCACUCCACCACCGCCUCUUCCUGUUAGCUUUGAAGAUGUUGUGCCAGCCUUGGACAUGGGGUCAGGAGCUGGGUCCCCCAAAGCCAAUGGGCAAGACAGGGCAUCACAGCACUCAUCAGGUGAAGACAUGGAAAUCUCUGAUGAUGAAGCAGAAGUCGAGCCCCCGACCCCUCUGACUGGAGUGGCUGAGCCCCAUUUUGCCAUGAUGCCAUCGACCCUGGGCCACAUGCCAAUGGGCAUGUCCUCUUUUACUCCCCAUCACCAGCAAGAGCUGCCUCCCACCUACCCUAUACAGCCUCUCAUGUCUGUCUCUCUCCCACACCUAGCAGGGAAAUCCCAUCCGUUACCCAACUACAACCAGGUUGGGCCACGCCAUCCUCACCGCUUGUCAGAUUUCAGAGGGAGGGGAGGCAUGGUGGGGGGAGGCCGAGGUGCCCCCCACAUCUAUGACUUUGUCAACUCGAUGGAGCUGAUGAACCGCCUUGGCAACCAGUGGGGCGGGAUGCCCAUGUCUUUUCAGAUGCAGACUCAGAUGCUGAGCCGCCUGCAACAAAUGCGUCAAAGCAAAGGCCAGUUUGAGGACCCUUUCUCCUAUCACCGAGAGGCAGCAGCUUUUUGUGGCCAGCCCCUCUAUGGCCACGGCUACCUAAUGGACCAGGGCAACCACCACUUCCAGAGAGACCAGCUGUUCAUGCAACAGCAGUCAGUGGUAGGAGGCUCAGAACAGCAGCAACAACCACAGCAUUCCUCAGAUCAGCCACCUCUGCCACCUCCACAGCCACUCCUUGAUUUCCGGGGCACCCCGUGGGGAUACCAAGAGGAAGUAGCUCUGCCCCCACCCCUCCCCAAGGACCCUCAUUCCUCUGUAGUGGACAGUGUGCUUGAGACAUUGAUGCAGGAGAUGAAGAGCAUCAUGCAACGUGACCUCAACCGCAAAAUGGUGGAGAAUGUGGCUUUCAGCACCUUUGACAAGUGGUGGGAGCGUAAGGAAGAGAAAGUUAAGCCUUUCCAGAGUGCUGUCAAGCAGCCAGCCAAGGAAGAAGAGAAAGACAAAACCAAACUGAAAGACCCUGCUUUACUGUCUCUGGUUGACUGGGCCAAGAGUGGCGGUACUGGUGGCCUGGAAGGUUUUGGCUUUGGUGGCGGCUUUCGAGGAGUGUUGGGGCUCCCAUCCUUCAAGGUGAAAAGGAAAGAGCCCUCCGAAAUCUCAGAGGGCAGUGAAGUGAAGCAGCCACGCCCUUCUACUCCCAUCGAAGAGGAUGAAGAUGAUAAAGAGUCCUCACAGAUUCACAAGCCUUCCAAGAGGGAUGAUGAACGGAUCAAAGGGACGGGAAAACGUCGGAAACUCUUCUGCCUAGACAGCGAAGGGGAAGAAGCAUCAGAUGACUCCUCUUCUGAAAAGGAGGAGGAAGAAGAGCAGAGAAGGCAGAAAAAUGAAGCUUCCAGGGAACAAAGUGCAAAGGCAUCUGAAGAUGAUGGUGAGAGUGACGACUCCUCAAAGUGUUCUCUUUAUGAAGACUCUGAUGAGGACGGCGACAGCACAUCUGAUUCGGAGAGCAGUUCUUCCUCCUCAUCUUCCUUGUCAUCGUCGUCAUCUUCCUCUGAUGAAGAGGAAGAAGAGGAGGAGGAGGAGGAAGAGGAGGAGGAGGAAGAGGAGGCUGAGAGCAUGGAAGAAAUGGAUGCAUCGGCCAUGAACAGCUGCCCAAGUGAGUCAACGGGAAGCACAGAGGAAGUAGAACAGCAAGCAACUAAUGCUGAGAUGGACAAAAAGAAGCCAGAAGCAGCUCUACUUCAAGAUCUUGUGGCAGAAGAGAAGCCUGCUCCCCAGGAGGAUAGCAUGCAGGUCCCACCGCCAGAAGAGAAGGAUGUUGAAGCAGCACUGGAAGAGCGGCCCAAGCCAGAGGAACGGCCUUCUUCACCCAUCCCACUUCUGCCACCACCCAAGAAACGCCGAAAAACAGUCUCCUUUUCAGCUCCUGGUGAAGAGGAUGAAACCAAGGGGGCUUUGGAGAAGCCACCUGAACUGGCACAUCCAGUUCUUCUCCCUCCACCACCCCCUCCUGUUCCCUCUACCCCCACAGAUGAAGCACAAUCCCCACUAGUGCCUGUGGAACCCAUGCUACCACCCCAAGUGUCCUUAUCUCCUGAAGCCCCCGCUCCCAUUGCGCGUCCCCUGCCCCCUGUAACGUUUCCCAUUAAGCCAGCGCCUGCGGCUGGCCGCAAGCGGGAGUCUCCCAAAGCCAGCCAAAGAACAAUCAGCAACCUGCCAGCAGACCAUGCUUCUAUGGUGAAAUGUUGGUCAGAAGAGCUGGCAUCUCCUGGCCGGUCCCGGAACCGCUCUCGUUCCCGUUAUUCGGACCACCUUCGGGUCCCCCCGCCCCCUGAAGAAAAAGGCCUGCAGGUACGCGAACAAAUGGGCGCCUCCUCAUUGCUAGAACUAGCCAAUCAACCCCACCGGGCCACGCUGACAAACAUGGCUCUUAAGAGGCCUGCUGGUGCUGGUGGAGAAAACUCUGAGGAGACCGAGACCUCCGAUGAGACUGAGGAAUCCAAGACAGCGGUGCCACCUCCUCCUAUCCUGUCUCCUGAAGCCAGCAGCAUCCUAAUGGAGCAUAAUUAUGCCAUGGCUGUCCGCGCUGCCCCUCGCAAGGCGGAUGAGGCAGGCUCUAUCGAUCUGUUGCGAAUGGAUUUGUAUAGUGAGCAGAUGGGUGAGAUUCUGGAGGCUCCUGAGGAGGUGGUGGCAGAUGCCACUGAGACCAAAGCUGAGCCUGAAUUAAGGGACCUGGUUGCACUGCCCCCUCCGCCUUCUCUGCCAGCGGAGAAACCCAAAGCCACUGUCCGAGAGCAGCAGCAGCCCCAAACCAAGAAGGCACAUUCUAACUGGCUCAAAGAGGAAGCAUUAAUAAAGGACCCAGGGCUGUUACCCUUUGGGCCCGAGGACCUCUUUCCUUCAGACAGUGAAGAGGAGGAGGAGGAGGAGGAAGAUGAGGAGGAAGAAAGUGCUGACAGCAGCGAUGAGGGCGAGAUUCGCAGGAGAUCCCUGCGUUCCCAUUCGCACAAGCAUGCCCCAGCCAAGCCACCUCCUCCGCCUCCUGUCUUUGAGACGCGCAGUGAGUUUGAGCAAAUGACCAUCUUGUACGACAUCUGGAACUCAGGGCUAGACUUGGAGGACAUGAAGUACCUGCGGUUGACUUAUGAGCGCCUGCUGCAUGAGGACAACAGCACGGACUGGCUGAAUGACACCCACUGGGUCCACCACACCAUCACAAACAUUGCAAACCCAAAGCGGAAGCGGAAGUCUUCGGAUCUGCGGGAACAUCAGACAGGCUGUGCCCGCAGCGAGGGCUACUAUCACAUCAGCAAGAAGGAAAAGGACAAGUACCUCGACGUGUGCCCAGCCAUCGUACAGCAACUGGAUGCCCCUGAUACACAGGGCACCAACCGCAUCUUGUCUGAACGGAGGUCUGAGCAAAGGCGCCUUCUCAGUGCCAUCGGAUCUUCUGCCAUCCUUGAUAGUGAUCUUCUGAAACUUAACCAAUUGAAGUUCCGGAAAAAGAAGCUACGGUUUGGCCGGAGCCGAAUUCACGAAUGGGGCCUCUUUGCAAUGGAGCCAAUUGCUGCCGACGAAAUGGUCAUUGAGUAUGUGGGUCAGAACAUCAGGCAGGUUGUGGCUGAUAUGCGUGAGAAGCGAUAUGCCCAGCAAGGCAUUGGAAGCAGCUAUCUUUUCCGUGUGGACCAUGACACAAUCAUUGAUGCCACCAAAUGUGGAAACCUAGCCCGAUUCAUCAACCACUGCUGCACGCCCAACUGCUAUGCCAAAGUCAUCACCAUUGAAUCCCAGAAGAAGAUUGUCAUCUACUCCAAGCAGCCCAUCAGCAUCAAUGAGGAGAUCACUUACGACUACAAGUUCCCAAUCGAGGAGAACAAGAUUCCCUGCCUGUGCGGCACAGAGAAUUGCCGGGGCACACUGAACUGAGAGACAUAACCAUAGAAUUCAUAUUUAUUUUGUUUCCCCGCCCCAUCUCUCUAUGCGACCACCAUUGUGUCACCAUGUAGCUCAUCUCAUCUCCCCACAGAGCUGUGGUGGGAAAACUCUCAGUCCCUCUAAGACCUGUCCAGGUACCUUUUAAACUUCCUAACCCAUGAGAAAGCACUUCCUCGGUUCCUAAUCAAUGAGAAACUCCUUUUCCUUCAUUGCAGUCAGCUGGCAACAUGUCUUUGAUGUUGCUAUGAUUUUUUUCCAAUCCUCCUUUUUAAAUUCCGCUCCUCCUUGAGAAAAUCAUUUCACGAAAAGUAUGUAGGUUCAGACCUUUGGCAGAAAGGAAAUAUAUCUUUCCCUAUUCAUGAUAAGGAAAGAUUGGUUGGGGUAAUUCUUCAAAACUAAACAAAAUCUUCUUAGCUAUGAAAACAGCUUGGCGAAUGCGCCAGUUGACUAUUUUCCUUCUAAGUGUCCAUAGAUUAAUAGAACUCAAAAGGAAAACUUUUUUCACAAUGCCAAUCUUAAAAGUUUUCCUCUUGAGUGGAAACUUCCUUGUGAUCAAGACUUCGAUGUGGCUUCUUGAGGCAGAGCAUCACUUUGAUGCCAGAAAUGGUCAGUUAAGAAGUACCCCAACCAAGGCUUGAAAUACCAAGGCCAUUGAGUAUUUUUUCCUUUCCUCCCAUUUCCAAAGGUUAAAUUAGGGUGUGGUGAUGUCUGGGAGGGAGAGUCUGUCCCCAUUCCUAUCUCUUCCAGAGCAAUCCUUUCUCCAGAGCCUGGGUCUGGGAUGAGACACUGAUAAUCAGUGGAGUCAGAAUGUCCUUGGAGUUUCAUGCUGCAGCAUCAUUCAUCGGUAUUUGUCAUCAUGAGCCAAAAUGUGAGCCACUUUAUUUUAGAUCCCUCUCCAUCUAUUCUUACAAGCACUUGAGGCCACAGCAUUAGAGAUCCUAAAACAGUUGGGUUGUGUCAUUCACGCUGUAACCUCCCUGACCUUCUCCUUUCCUCUUGUUCUAUUCUGUAACAUUUAGCAAGAAGUAGGGGGAAGCAUCUCCCAUGAUAGUGAAGGGAGGGGGGUUGAAUUUCUUUCCCUGCUACACUUAACAGCUUCAGCCAGGCUGACUUGCAGUGUAAGCUAAUCCCUGCCCACCCCACCCCCUAAUAAUUUUUCUUUAGGAGAAGAAAGUUGUGUAUAUAUCUAUUCCAGAUGGAUUGGCUGUUUCUUGUAGAAACACAUACAUUUAUUGGUAUGUAAAUAUUUUAAUUGUUUUUUGUUUUGUUUUUUGUUUUGUUUUCCACUUCAUACUAAAAAGAAAACUGUAAAUAA